AUGUCACGCCGUUCUUCACGCCUCGCCUCAGCCGCGAUACAACAACCCGCAGCUCCUGCCAUAGUCAAAUCGCCUCCCAAGUCUUCAAAACGUCCCAAGCCACCUACAACCUCAUCACCUCCGUCCUCCAUCCGCGGUUCUGGCGCCACCAAGGCCAGCAGCGCCACGGACAUGCCCACCCUCCCCUUCGCAGACAGCCACGCCUUCCGGGCCUACAUGAUCCAGGCCGGCCGCACCGCUCCGGGCGUGUGGCUCCGGAUUGCCAAGAAGAGCACCGCGAUCCCCACCGUAACCUACGACGAGGCCAUUGACGAAGCCCUCUGCUGCGGCUGGAUCGACGGCCAGCGGCGGCGCGACGCCCUCGACGCGCGGUACUUUUUGCAGCGCUUCACCCCGCGCCGCCGCCGGUCCGCGUGGUCGCAGCGCAACGUGGACAAGGUGGCCGCUCUGGCCGCCGCCGGCCGGAUGCUGCCGGCUGGCCGCGCCGAGGUGGACGCCGCCAGGGCCGACGGCCGGUGGGACAGGGCGUAUGCGGGGUCCGCCACGGUGCAGGUGCCGGCUGACUUUCGCGCCGCGCUGGAGGCGCGGCCGAACGCGGCCGCGGCGUUUGACGCCCUGAGCAGGGCGGCGCGGUAUCCGUUCCUGCAUCGUCUGCAGACGGUGAAGAAGGAGGAGACGAGGACCCGGAAGAUGGCCGAGUUUGUAGAGCUGUUGGACCGAGGCGAGACGCUGUAA